AUGGAGAAACUGACACUUUCCCAGGAACUUCUGACUUACAUGGGACCAAGAAAUACCACUAUGAUGGUGACUGAGUUUAUCAUACUGGGGUUUGGAGACCUCAAAGAAUUGGGUCCCUUGCUUUUCUUGGUAUUUGGCAUUGUCUACCUAGCCACCAUUUCUGGAAAUUUCCUCCUCAUGGUCCUGGUGAGCACUCAGCGGGGACUCCAGACACCAAUGUACUUCUUUCUGGCAAACCUCUCAUGCCUGGAGGUCUGUUAUACAUCCAAUGUUGUGCCCAGGAUGUUGGUGGACUUGUUGAGAGAGAACAGAGUGAUCUCCAUGGUAGCUUGUAUUAUUCAGCUCUACUUCUUUGGAGCCCUGGGCAGUACUGAAUGCUAUCUUCUGGCAGUGAUGUCAUAUGACCGGUACUUGGCUGUCUGCCGGCCCUUGCACUAUCCAACACUAAUGCAUGGGACUAUAUGUGUGGGGCUAGUAAUUGGUUCAUGGGUUAGCGGCUUCACAGUGGCAGCUGCAUUCCAGGUUGCUAUGGUAUCCAGUUUCACCUUCUGUGGUGGCAAUGAGAUUGACCACUUCUUCUGUGACUUGAAACCUCUGCAGAAGCUCUCCUGCUCAGAUCCCCAUCUGGUCAACCUGGUCUGCGUAAGUCUAACAGCGCUGGUGACUCUGGCCCCCUUUGGAUUAACCCUAGCCUCCUACUGGAGGAUUCUUUCCACGGUCUUGCGUAUACCUUCCAUGACUGGUAGACAGAAGGUAUUCUCCACUUGUUCCUCUCAUCUGGUGGUUGUGACCUUGUUUUAUGGGACCUUGAUCCUGGUCUAUGCUGUGCCCUUUGCUGGUGAGGUGCCAGUUCUCAACAAAAUCUUCUCCUUGCUCUAUACUGUUGUCACUCCCAUGUGUAACCCCCUUAUCUACAGCCUCAAAAAUAAAGAUGUCAAGGAGGCCCUGAAGAAGCUGAGGAUUUGA